UCAUCCUCGAGUUUCGUUGGUUGUGUCCUCGUUACGCUGUGUCAGAGCGGAUUAUUUGGCGCUGCGAUGCUGCUGUGCCGAAGACGUGUGUGCUUUUGAAGCUUCAUGUUUGCCGUGUUAUGAGCGAAGAGCUUUUAGAAGUUACCCACAAUUUGAAGGCGCAAUUUUUUUGGGUGUGGAUUGAUCAUGUUAAGAGUUAUGGGGAGAAGUUGGGGGAUCUGAGGAAUGUGAAAUUGUUAGAGACGAUUUGUGUUGCUUUGGAAGCCAGGAUGGGGUUUACGCCUUGGGAGCAGCUCCAGUGGAUGUUUGGAGCGGUGGUGUUUUUCCACACUUCGGAGUUUCUGCUGGCGCUCGCGUACCAUGGUCGCCGGCGUGUCAAUGCCGCCUCUACUCUCAUAAGUGUCCCCUACUUAAUAGCCCUGGGUGUUUCACUGGUGGAGCAUGCACUUGAGAGCUGGUUUGCACCGUGGCUGAAGCAGCAAGCUUACUUGAGCUACACAGGAUUAGCCAUGGUAGUGGUUGGUGAUAGUCUUCGCAAAUUGGCGGUAAUUACUGCGAACAAAAGCUUUACACACGAUAUCAAAGUAGAAAGACGACAAGAGCACAAGCUUGUCACUCAUGGUAUUUACAGGUUUUUUCGUCACCCAAGUUAUCUGGGAUUUUUUGUCUGGUCGAUUGGCACACAAGUAUUACUCGUCAAUCCAAUUUGUAUAGUCGGCUACACUCUCGUCACCUGGCGCUUUUUUAACGAUCGGAUACCAUACGAGGAGUAUCAUCUGCGCCGCUUUUUUGGACAAGACUAUGUGGACUAUGCCAGCAGAGUCCCAUCAGGGAUGCCCUUCGUCAAAUAAUUCAGAUAGUACUGUCAGAGGCUAACCUUGACCCGUGAUGAGAAGGGUAUGUUCCACUUCUGCGCUCAAGCAGGGUAACUCGGGUAAACUGCAGAAGGGAACAAUGGCGGUAAAUCAUGAAGUAGGGAUGUAUUCAUCUGAAGUAGAGAGUGGUUAGGUCCAUCUAAAAUGACGUACGUUCUCAUUCUGUUCCUCCAUCUUAUCACAGCUAGUAUCUACCACUGGAAACUUAAGCAAGUUCCAAAGUAAAUGCCUGCAACAUUUUAGAAAAUUUGGGCAGUUGAUUCUCUGUUGUUUACUUGGGUCGUUGCGAAAAGCUGUGAUACGAUACCAAUUUUGAAUUUAAAUUUUGUUGUGCAAGUUGCGCUUUGAGUUGCU